CUUCACGUAAUCUGCACUGGAGAAAACACUCGACACUGAGAAGCUGCAGCCUGGGCUUGUACACUACCCCGACCUACCUACCUAGGUAGGUAAUUGCCUUAUCCACCACCCCUGCAGAGCUUUUUGUAAAAGGAAAAAAAAAAAAAGGGAUCGAGUCUCAUUGCAACUGCAAUACGGGCUGGAUUCAAUGCCUCUCGGUCGAUGAAACGUUUGACAAACCACAGGGAGGUCGAAAAUGGCAAAGCCUAAAAGUGAGAGUCUGCCAAACCGGCACGCGUACACUCGCGUCUCCUACCUGCACCAGGCCGCCUCGUACCUGGCGACUGUGCAGCCGCGGCCUGGCACUGACUCAACCUCCAACUCAUCGCAGCCUCACGAUGCUCCUCGUGUCACCAGUCUCAGGAAGCACUCGACGAUGAGAACAACCGAGACAGUUGCCCGGCGUUUCGUUUCCGACAUCCGGGCCGUCUCCCUCAAGGCCCAGAUCCGCCCGAGCCCGUUGCUCAAGCAGAUGAUGUGCAAAUACUGUGACUCUCUGCUCGUGGAGGGGAAGACGUGCUCCACGAGGGUUGAGAACAUGAGCAAGGGCGGCAAGAAGCCCUGGGCCGAUGUCAUGGUCACCAAGUGCCAGACUUGCGGCAAUGUCAAGCGGUUUCCGGUCAGCGCGCCCAGGCAAAAGCGGCGGCCGUUUCGAGAGCCAAAGGUCGUAGGAGAGCAAGAAGCGACGCCUGCAGUUUCUGACAUGUCGACUGGGAAUGAUUGAGGCAGUCGCAUCGUGGUCUUUCACAACUACUGCUACCAUUCGGAACACUUGACCGCCACCCGCCGGAGCGUGUUGCCAUGGGACGCAGAGCCAAACCUACCCAACAUACUCAGAUCAGA